AUUUGACUCGUUAAAUACUUUUUUAAUAAGCUAUUUUACAUCCAUGAGAUUUCCAUGAACAGGUUGUGACACUAACCCAGACACACAUUACCUCCCAAAAAAGAAACAAAGAAAAAAAAAAGGUUAAAACAGAGUCUUUAACAAAACUUGUUUUUUCUUUCACUACCCCACUUCUAAUUCUCUCUUAAUGAAGCUAUCAAUCUUGUAUAAAUAUACACACACCACUGGAAGAGUUUAGAAUAAGAACCCAACAAUUAAAAAAAAAAAAAUAGAGUUCCAAAAAUGGCGUUGGGUUCACCUGUAAAAGUAGUUUUAGGGUCUAUAGCCUUUGGGAUUUUCUGGAUAAUGGCUGUUUUUCCUUCAGUGCCAUGUUUACCUAUUGGUAGAACUGCAGGGUCCCUAUUAGGGGCUAUGCUUAUGGUAAUCUUUAUGGUGUUAACACCAGAGGAAGCUUACCAUGCUAUUGAUCUUCCAAUUUUGGGACUCUUAUUUGGUACAAUGGUGGUAAGCGUUUAUCUUGAAAGAGCAGAUAUGUUUAUGUAUCUAGGGAAAUUACUUUCAUGGAAAAGCAAAGGAGCAAAAGACUUACUUUGUCGUAUUUGCCUAAUUUCCGCCGUUUCAAGUGCUUUAUUCACAAACGACACCGCUUGUGUCGUUUUGACCGAGUUUGUCCUCAAAGUCGCCAGACAACACAAUCUCCCGCCACACCCCUUUCUUCUCGCCCUAGCCACCAGCUCCAACAUCGGCUCAGCCGCCACGCCAAUCGGAAACCCCCAAAAUCUCGUCAUCGCUGUUCUCAGCAAAAUCACCUUCGGCCAAUUUCUCGUCGGGGUUUUACCGGCCACGCUUUUAGGUGUCUCUGUUAACGCCGUACUCCUCCUCUGCAUGUACUGGAAACCGUUAUCGAUUAAGAAACAAGAAGAAGAUCCGAUCGUCGGAGCCGCCGCGGAAGAGGCUGUUAACUCCCACCGAUUCUCUCCGGCAACUUUGUCUCACAUUUCGUCGUUGAAUUCACAAGACUGGAGCUCGAAAUUGGAGAAUCUGAACGUACAAAGCUCCCCGAAUCUGACCGCGAACGCCGGCGGCUCCAGUUCCGGCGCCGAGCAGAGCCUGAGAACGCGAUUGAGCUCGAGCGAGAACGAAAUCAAUGGAGCCGUAACGGAAGCUCUGACGCCAAAAAAUAAGGAGGUGGCGAUCGAAGUAACGUCGAUUCAUCACAAAAAGGACGAUUCAAUCCAUUCGGUUCAUUCGCUACAUUCUAUUCAUCAUAAAAAGGAGGAUUCAGUUCAGUCAAUCCAUUCGGUUCAUCAUAAAAAGGAGGAUUCAGUUCAGUCAAUCCAUUCUGUUCAUUCGAAUCGGGUGGCCUCGGUGGAUGGACUAUCCGACAACGAGGCUUCGUUGAAAUCUGUAGAAGGAAACAAGGGCAAAAGAGUAAUUUUGUCACCAAAAUGGAGAAGGCUAUUGUGGAAAACUUGUGUUUAUUUAGUUACCGUUGGAAUGUUAGUUGCUUUGCUGUUGGGGCUCGAUAUGUCUUGGACUGCAAUAACUGCUGCUUUGGCUCUUGUUGUUCUUGAUUUCCAAGAUGCCCAACACUGCUUAGAAAAGGUAUCUUAUUCACUUCUAAUAUUCUUCUGUGGAAUGUUUAUUACGGUGGAGGGUUUUAACAAGACAGGGAUACCAGGCACACUAUGGGAUCUGAUAGAGCCUUUUGCACAAAUCAACCGUGUUAGUGGGAUAACUGUGCUUGCUUUAGUCAUUAUUGCUCUAUCUAAUUUGGCUUCAAAUGUCCCAACUGUUCUUUUGCUGGGAGGAAGAGUGGCGGCAUCGGCAGCUCGGAUCUCGCCAGAGGAGGAAAGGAAGGCAUGGCUAAUGUUAGCAUAUGUGAGCACAGUAGGAGGGAACCUGUCAUUGCUGGGAUCAGCAGCAAAUUUGAUAGUGUGUGAACAAGCAGGCAGGGCACAACUUGGAUACAACUUAUCAUUUUGGAACCAUAUCAAAUUUGGACUCCCUUCCACUAUUAUUGUUACUGCUGUUGGUUUGACUGUAAUUAGAUAGGUUUUCUUUCAUUCCUAAUUUAUAUUUAUAUAUGUGAGCUCUAUAAUGUUAUUGUUAAGAUUGUAAGGUUGAGUUCCAACUUCUAAUAACCACCAAUUCAACAAA